CGGCUACCGCGUCUGACGAGAGCCGGAGGAGGCUGUGGGAGGUGGUGGCAGCCGCGGCGCGGGCGCCUGAGGAGGAGGAGGAGGAGAAGCGGAUGAGGAGACCGGAGGGCUUGCCCAAGUCUUGCACAGCCUGUAAGUGGCACCGAGCAAGCACACGCCCCAGGCGCCGCCCCUGCCCCUGCCCCGAGCUCUCCACUCUCCUGCCAGAGGCAGCAUGGUGUGUGGGGCACCAUGGGGCCCGACAGAGUGACAGCCAGGGAACUGUGUGAGAACGACGACCUCGCCACCAGCCUCGUCCUGGACCCCUACCUCGGCUUCCGCACCCACAAGAUGAACGUCAGAUCUAUCGCUACCUCCGCGCCUUCCUGCCUGAAAGCGGCUUCACCAUCUUGCCCUGUACCCGUUAUUCCAUGGAGACAAAUGGAGCCAAGAUAGUGUCUACCCGUGCUUGGAAAAAGAACGAGAAGCUGGAGCUGCUGGUGGGCUGCAUCGCGGAGCUGCGGGAGGCCGACGAGGGGCUGCUGAGGGCCGGGGAGAACGACUUCAGCAUCAUGUAUUCGACCCGCAAGCGCAGCGCACAGCUGUGGCUCGGCCCGGCCGCUUUCAUCAACCAUGACUGCAAACCCAACUGCAAGUUUGUACCUGCAGAUGGGAACGCAGCCUGCGUGAAGGUGCUCCGGGACAUCGAGCCAGGGGACGAGGUGACCUGCUUCUAUGGUGAAGGCUUCUUCGGUGAAAAGAAUGAGCACUGUGAAUGCUACACCUGCGAGAGGAGAGGCGAAGGAGCUUUCCGACUGCGUCCCAAGGAGCCCCUGCCACUCCGGCCCUUGGACAAGUAUGAGCUCCGGGAGACAAAGCGGCGGCUGCAGCAGGGUCUGGACGGCCCCCGGGCCUGUGCCCACCUGCCCCCGCUGCGCCGGGACCCGUUCUGCGGUGAGCAUGGGGCGGGGACCCUGUCCUGUCGGCCUGUCUCCAUCAGCUGCUCCGCCCCCCUCACCCCCUCCUCUGCCCUCUUCUUGUCUUGUUCCUCCAUCUGCCCUCCCUCCCGCGCCCCCCGGACAGGGCCUCUCUCCUCAGCAGGGCUCUGCAUCUGCCCCCCCCCCGCCACGAGCAUCAGGGGCGGCUGGUCCGUGCACCUCGGCAGGGGCCCUGCUCACACAGCUGUCCUUUUCUCUCCCGCUGCCCUGGGCCUCCACAGCUGCCUGCCAGCCCUCGCGCCCCCCUCCCUGCAGCGCCCGCCCGGAGGCCUCGGCCCUCUGGCUCCAGUGGCUGCCUCAGCCCCGGCUCCGCGUGCGUCCCCGGAGGCGCCGACGCCCCCAGCCCCGGCGGGCCCCGGCACCCCCCCUUCUCCGUGCUGCCCGUGUCUCCCUGCACCGGUGGGGGGGCUGCGGCCCCCACUGCUGCCUGCGGGCAGAGGCCCUGGUGGCCCUGGGGCCGGCCCCCUGCACCCGCUGGGCCCCCCAGCAGGACUGGCACUGGGCCCGGCGCUACGGGCUGCCUUACGUGGUACGUGUGGAUCUGAGCCGCGUGGCCCCAGCCCCACCUGUCACUGCCACCCCCGCCCCCACGGGAACCCCAGGCCCCAUCCCCAUCCCCAUCCCCAAGCAGGCCCUCGCCUUCGCUCCCUUCUCCCCACCCAAGCGCCUGCGGCUGGUGGUCAGCCAUGGCUCUAUUGACCUGGAUGUCGACGGUGACGGGCCUUGAUGGGCUGGACAGAGAGGCCCAGGUAUCCCUCCUGGUCCCCUCCACACCGAGUUCUCGGGAGCCCCCCUCAGGAGCUCUUGGACCUCUGGGAGGGAGUUGACCUUUGACUCCAGCACAGCUCUGACCCAGGGGGCGGAUUGGUGUGGACACCCCCAAGGAUCUGACCCCUGACCCUUUGUGACUGCUGAGCCCUGAGCCACCCUCACCCUGGCAGGGAGCCCUGGCCAUGGCCACCCUCCCACCCCAGCCUCAGGGCUGAAGGAGCCGUUCCUUCCCCACCCACCUUCUCCUGCCCAGGGAGCAAAGCCAUAAGGGGUGGGGGCCACCCCGUGGCUUCUCCGCGGAAGCCCAGGCCUCAGGAGAAGGUGGAACGGACCCAGGGGUGGUGCUCCCUAGACACUGCCCUAGGGAGGGGAAUCAGUUUGCUCUCAGCUCUGCGACUGUCUGAGGUGGGGGACAAGGAGGGGGUGGCCAGGGGCGCGUCCCCACCACCCCCGUGGGUCUCAGGGAGGCCGGGUGCGACCUCAUCUUUCUCAUGGUGCUAUCCCUGGUGCUACUGGGGUGUGGGGGCUCCCUCCCCUCCCCCACACCAGAAUGGGAUAUGUUGGGGGAUUGGAAGCACUUGAACUUUUUAUUUUAUUAAAACCUUGUUAUAAACAGCA